UAUUCUCAAUCCUAGCUCUACUGGCUAGAUUGGUGUUAAACGCUUCGGCAUCUCUCAAGUUACAUUCAUGGACGACAUUGAUUAUUGUCGAAGGUAAACACAUUCCUGGUUACGCGCGCCUUUCAAUUUGCUUUGGUCGUUUGGAAUGGAGUCGUCCUCGUUCCAUGGGUAAAUGGGCCGCCUUGCCAACACAAUUCUCGACUGUUUUGAUCAAGAGCUAUGUGUCCAACCUAUCAAUCGGGGGGGAUGUGGUCCAAGAUGGGACUGGCCAACUGAACAAGAGCGG